CAGCGACACCUCUUUGACUUGGACUUCGACGAUACUUCGACGUGGACAUUGGGCGCGCGUGGAAUUCGGAUGCACGAUGUGGAUAAAGCGGCACCGCAGCUGCCGCCGGAGCUAGAGCGGGAAAUCUGCGAGUUGGCAGGGUGGAAUGACGACGAGACGAUGCGGACGCUGAUUUGUGUCGCGCGCCGGUUUUAUGAAUGGCUAGAGCCACUGCGCUACCGCGUGGUGUCGCUGUCCAGCGCUGAGGACGACCUGUUUAUGUCCCACUUUCUCGGGCUCUUCCCCGAGUCGGCCGCGGGACUUCCUGGACCUCCCCCUUCAAGUUUGCCUCAGCCGGACCGCAGCAGCCAGGUGCGCCACCUGGCGCUGUCGUCCCAGAUGGCACGCUCUACCGUCGAGCAUAUUUUGCGCACGACGACGAAUGUGACGGACCUCGCGAUAUGGACGGGCGACACGUAUCCCGAGCUGCUGGAGGCGAUGCAGCCGUUGACCCAGCUUCGGCACCUCUCCGUCAACCUCUCAGAGCUUCUCUGGAACGUGGAUGACGUCGCGGCCCCGAGCGCUGCAAAGUUUCGCCCGUUUGCGCAGCUGACGCAUUUAGAUAUUUUCGGGCACAUGCCCCUGUCGGCGCAGAUGAUUCCCAUUCUCGGCAUGCUGCCCGCCCUGACGCAUUUGGCCCUGACGGACAUGUGGGACCCGCCCUUUAUCUGGAAGACUCUGGCGGAGUGUGGCGAGCGGCUUCGUGUCUUGGUGGUAUUGUGGACGGAUAGGGAGGAGGUGGACCCCGGGGUGCCGGACGAGUUCGCCUCGGAUGGGGAGCGCGCGGACGAGAUCGGUGACCCGCGCUUUUGCGCCGUUUACUGCUCGCAGUUUGAGGACGACUGGCGCCGCGGGGCUUGGGGGGAGCGUGACUUUUGGGCAAUGGCCGAGGAGCGCUUGCGGUGGAGGGCCGUGAAGCGCCAGCGCAAACUGGAAGGGAAUCUUAGAUCGGCAUGA